GCUAUUGAAAAAAUAAGAGUUAGCUCCUAUUGCAAUCUAAUCGUCCAAAAUAGUUGGCUAAAAUUAUUCAAGGCGUGUGGAUCAAGGUGCAAGCGGAACAACCAAAAGAAAUAUGAAUUUUUGCAAAUUGAUUUUUCUAUUGGUGGCAUUAAUAUGUCUUUCUCAUUCAUCGCUGGCCUUUAAGGAAAUCGUUGGCAUGUUAGAUGGAAAUCAUGAUUUGAAACGUGAAGAAAUUAAUGCUCUGCGUCCCCUCUUCGAAGAAUUGCAACGUCAAUAUGACUUCAUUAUGACAGAAUCCGAAAAGGAAGGUAACAAAGUCGAUGAAAAAUUUACCGAAAUCUAUGAGACCACCGUCAAAGAUUUCCAUGAACAAUUUGCUGCACUUAUGCAGACGGAAGCAAGCACCGUUUAUGACACCUCAUUGCCCAGCGUUGAGGAAUUAAUUGGAACACCUGAUUUUAGCCAAAUGACAGAGGAGCAAAUUAAUGAAUUCUUAGAUAUGCAAUCUCUGCUCCAGGACACAUUAGAUGAAACGCAGGAGAGCCUCAACGAUUUGGUUCGCCGUGCUUUGGAAAUCGAGAGUAGUCUAUUGAAGCUCAACAAACCCAAAAUUGUUAUGGCCGUCUUAAAUGCCCUCGGUGCCAUGUAUAAUGUGGCCGGAAGAGUUGGAAGAGCUGCCUACUGUACCUAUUCCCAUGUACCACAACUGAAUGCAUCGUUGCAUCAUGUCUACGAUGGUGUUGAUUGUUAUCUCUUCACCACGAAAAUGAUUGUAAAAAUCCAAAAUGAAACCUAUGAUACAGUGAAAGUGGUAAGGAAGACCAUAUCCGAUUUGGCUUCAGUCUAUAAAAAUGUGGCCAGUAAAAACUCCAUAGUGGGAAAAAUUGUCUCUAUGCUACUGAGCUUGAAAAAGAUUUUAUGGAGUGUUGGAUCUACUUUACGUCAAGCCAACCAUGUUAUCGACGAGAUUGUUACCAAAAUGCCUGAUGCCACUCUGCAUGUCUACGAUUGUGGUACCACAUUUGUGGAUCGCAUUCCAUUUGUUGUCCAGUCGGUGGCCAAUGUCACCGAAUGCAUUAUGUUUGUGGACGAUAUGAAAAAUGAUUACGGUUUCUUGGAUCCAGAAGAUUCGACACGCAUUCCAGAAUUAUAUCCCGAUCCGGAAAGUGGUGAAGAUAGUAAUGAAAGUUUUGAAAUGCCUUAAAAUUAAGAGGGUGUUCUUUUCUGUGUAAAUGUUAUAAUUAACUGAAAUUGAAAUACAAAUCUGUAAAUAACUUUAUAA